AUAAUAUAUAGAUGAGUGUUAUAUGGCGAAGCAAGAAGCAAUUAUAAUAGAUUGGUUGCGUGAUGAUGAAUUGGUGGAUUAUUUGGAGUGUUUGGUUAUUAACGUUAGGUUUUGGUGUUUGCAGAGAGAUAGAGUGCAUCCCAAGUGAGAGAGAAACACUUAUGAAGUUGAAGCAUCAUCUCAAAGAUCCUUCAAAUAGGCUUUCAUCUUGGAAUCAUAAUAAUUCAAAUUGUUGCCAAUGGCCUCUAGUUGUCUGCAACAACGUCACUGCCCACGUUCUACAGCUUCACCUCAACACUUCUCCACCUACACCUGAAAUAUAUGAAUAUUAUGAAUUCGAUGACCUUAUAUUCGAGGACGAAGAAGCAUAUUACGAAGCUAUCGUGGCUUACGAGAGAUCCCAGAUUGGUGGAGAGAUAAAUCCUUGUUUGGGUGAUUUGAAGCAUUUGAAUUACUUGGACUUGAGCGGCAAUUAUUUACUUGGACAAGGUACGCCAAUUCCUGCUUUUCUUUGGACAAUGACUUCCUUAACUCACCUCAACCUCUCUCUUGCUGGAUUCCAAGGGAAGAUUCCUCCUCAGAUUGGAAAUCUAUCCAAUUUGAUGUAUCUUGACCUCAGCUUUGCUGCCAAUGGAACUAUUCCAUCUCAGAUUGGAAAUCUCUCCAAUUUGCUUUAUCUUAAUCUCAGAACUCAUUCUUAUGAACCUCUGUUUGCUCAAAAUGUAGAUUGGCUAUCAAGUCUUUCCAAGCUUGAAUAUCUUGAUUUGGGAUAUACAAACCUAUCCAAAUCAUUUCAUUGGCUGCAAGCUGUCGGAUCUCUCUCUUCUUUGAAGCACUUAUAUUUGCGAGGUUGUAGACUCCCUCUCCCUCACUAUAGUCAACCAUCUGCACUUAACUUCACAUCACUCCUCACUCUUGACAUGUCCGAUACUUCUCUGUUUUCAUUUGUCCCGAAGUGGAUAUUUGGACUCGCCAAACUUGUUUCUCUUCAAUUAAGAGGUAACAAUAUCCAAGGUCCAAUUCCUGAUGGUAUUCAAAACCUCACACUUCUUCAAAAUCUUGACUUGUCUGAAAAUUUAUUGUCGUCUUCUAUACUUGAUGGAUUGUACAGUCUUGGUCAUCUCAAGUUCUUGAACCUAGAAUACAACAACUUGAAUGGGUCUAUUUCUAAUGCCUUGGGAAAUUUGACUUCUCUGGUUGGACUUCAUUUAUCAUAUAAUCAACUUGAAGGAAAAAUUCCUACUUCUUUGGGUAAUCUCUGCAACCUAAGGGAGAUAGGUUCUUCAUAUCUUAAACUCAACCAACAAGUCAAUGAAAUCUUACAAAUUCUUGCUCCUUGUAUUUCCCACGGACUCACAACAUUGAGACUCCAGAGUUCUCAACUUUCAGGCAAUCUGACAGAUGAAAUUGGGGUUUUUAAAAAUAUUGUCAGGCUAGAUUUUUCCAACAACUCAAUUGGUGGUGCACUUCCAAGAUCAUUUGGUAAACUUUCAUCACUGAAAGCUCUCUUGCUGUCCAAAAACCACUUCACAGGAAAUCCAUUUGAAAGUCUCAAAUCACUCUCUAAUUUGACAUAUCUUAGCAUUUUUGAUAAUCUUUUUCAAGGAAUUGUCAAGGAAGAUGAUGUUGCAAAUCUUAUGAGAUUAAAGUAUUUUAUGGCACGGGGGAGCAAUUUGACUUUAAAAGUGGGUCCUAAUUGGCAUCCAAGCUUUCAACUUACUUAUUUGGAUAUGAGCUCAUGGCAAUUAGGUCCCAACUUUCCAUCAUGGCUUUUGUCACAAAACAAACCUCAAGGGAUAGAUAUCUCUAACACAGGAAUUUUAGAUUCUAUCCCCACUUGGUUUUGGCGAACAUUCUCUCAAGCUUCUUAUGUAAACCUCUCUCAUAAUCAUAUCUUCGGUGAGCUUGCAACUACAUUGAGGAAUCCAAUAUCGACCAUAACAGUUGAUCUGAAUACAAAUCAUUUAUGUGGUAAAUUACCCUAUCUUUCAAAUAAUGUGUAUUGGUUAGAUCUUUCAAGCAAUUCAUUCUCUGGAUCCAUGGAUGAUUUUUUAUGUAAAAAUCUUGAUAAGCCAAUGCAUUUGGAACUUCUCAAUCUUGCAUCAAAUAAUUUGUCAGGACAAAUUCCUGAUUGUUGGAAGAUCUGGCCAUUUUUACUGGAUGUAAAUUUACAAAGUAACCUUUUUGUUGGGAACUUGCCACCAUCAAUAGGUUCCUUAGCUAAGUUGCAGUUUUUACAAAUUCGUAACAACUCACUCUCAGGAACACUUCCUACUACUCUGAAGAAGAAUAUCCAAUUGAUAUCCUUGGACCUUGGGGAAAAUAAUCUUACAGGAACUAUUCCAAUGUGGGUUGGAGAAAGGUUCAUAAAUUUGAGAAUUCUUGGCUUUCGAUCUAACAACUUUUCAGGUCAUAUUCCAAAUGAAAUAUGUGGUAUGAGUCAUCUUCAAGUUUUAGACCUUGCACAUAACAAAUUGUCUGGCAAUAUACCUAGUUGUUUCAAUCACUUGAAUGCAAUGACAAUAAUGAAUAAAAGUACAGAUCCUCUUAUCCAAACAUUUGACUAUUCCUAUUCGGGAUCUAGUAUUAUAAGUAUGCCCCUUUGGUUGAAAGGAAGAGAAGAUGAGUACAAAAGCUUUCUUGGUUUGGUAACAAACAUUGAUCUAUCAAAUAACAAACUAUCAGGAGAAAUACCUAGAGAAAUCACAUACCUAAAUGAAUUGAUUUUCUUGAACUUGUCUCACAACCAAUUAAUUGGUCAUAUUCCACAAAGUAUUGGUAAUAUGAAAUCAAUACAAACCAUUGAUUUCUCUAGCAAUCAACUUUCUGGUGAUAUCCCUCCAACCAUCUCAAAUUUGAGCUUUCUGAGCAUGCUAGACUUGUCUUAUAAUCAUUUGAAGGGAAAAAUUCCAACAGGAACUCAAGUGCAAACCUUUGAUGCCUCCAACUUCAUUGGCAACAAGCUAUGCGGCCCACCAUUACUUAUCAACUGCAGCUCCAUUGGAAAAAAUCCUAGUUAUGAUCACAUUGGCAAAGAGAGUCACAGGCAUGAAGUGAAAUGGUUUUUUGUCAGUAUGACAUUUGGAUUUAUUAUGGGCUUCUGGAUAGUUAUUGGUCCUUUGCUCAUUUGUAAAUCAUGGCGAUAUGCCUAUUUUGAUUUCCUUGAUCAUGUGUGGUUCAAACUUCAAUAUUAUGUUGAUGUAGUGUCAUUAUUUAAUGUUGUGAAAAGUAAAAUUGUCAUGUAACAUUGAAGUUGACUUGAUUUGCACUAUAUUGGUUGAUUGA